CAGGAAAACCUCACCCAGAGAACCCGAAGAUGCCCCAGCACGGGAAGCCUCCAACGGCAGGCUGGAUGGGGCUACGGGCAACCCGCUCGAGUGGAAGGCACCCCUGCCGACGGAAAGACGGUUGGAAGCAGAUGGCAUCUGAGGUCCCUUCCAACGCAAACCACCCUCUCAUUCCCUCAACUCCUCCAGUCUCCUCAUCCUCAAAAGGUGCUUAAAAACCACAUCAGGGGCGUCAUCCCCAUAACGUUUGAGGACUCCUCCUGGACGGCAACAAACCUUUGGCCUUCGCAACGCAAGAUCCUUGGCUUACAGCUAUCCGCCUCCUGGUACAUUUCCUCCUUCUCACCACAUGCCACAGGAAGCAAGGAAAAGAAAAGACGGUGGAGGAAGGAGACGCGUCGUCUGAGGAGCACCACAGCCACAGACCCCGCUCGGAAGGAUAUCUUCCCUUUCUCCUUCUUCCUCAAGCACAAGCCUUUCCAACGUAUUCUCAACAGCUUCCAACACAGGCGGCGCUGCCUACUCCCACCACAACCACAGCCAACCCAGAGCUCCUCACGCCACCGGAAACUACCCAAGGUUCUCCCAGCACGCAUCACUUUUCCAUGCUUUGUAAAAAACAAACAGAAACAAUGCACAGAAAGCAAACCACGGGCAACACACAUCUCACUCAAGUCGAAAGACCAAGACCCAUUACAGCACUAGGGCAUUACGUAAGAAAAGUAGAGUUGAACAGGAAGAGGGAUUUCACCAAAGGACACACCAGAGCUCUCGCCGCACGCCUCAGGGAAAGGAUGAAAAAAAAAAUAGCUGCACAACAGCUGACCCAGAAGAUUCCGCCCCACCACUUUCACAUCCCCCUCCCGGCCCUCGCAGCCAGCCACCCCAGAACACACCGCCGGACCAGGAUCUCCACCAACCGCCCCACACACAGACAAGGCACUUGCUCCCAGACCACAAAAACCAAUAGCCAAAAGUGAAAGCCACAGACAAAAUCUCUCGGCAACAGGAAAGCGAGGAAGGGAAAGAUGCCACACCACAUAAAGCCGGCACCGUGGCUGCACACAGACCACUGCCACCACCCGCACCACCACCGAGCCCCACCAGGCUCCUGCCCAGCACAACGCGAGUCCCACCAUGGCUGUGCCUGCAAGCCCACAGCACCCACGGGGGUACGGCAUCCUGCUGCUCACGCUCCUUCUGAAAGCUCUCGCCACCACCGCCUCCGCCUGCAACCACCUUCGCCCCCAGGAUGCCACCUUCUCUCACGACAGCCUCCAGCUCCUCCGGGACAUGGCUCCCACACUACCCCAGCUGUGCCCACAGCACAACGCGUCUUGCUCCUUCAACGACACCAUCCUGGACACCAGCAACACCCGGCAAGCCGACAAAACCACCCACGACAUCCUUCAGCACCUCUUCAAAAUCCUCAGCAGCCCCAGCACUCCAGCCCACUGGAACGACAGCCAACGCCAAAGCCUCCUCAACCGGAUCCACCGCUACACCCAGCACCUCGAGCAAUGCUUGGACAGCAGCGACACGCGCUCCCAGAAGCGAUGGCCUCGCAACCUUCACCUCGCCAUCAAAAAACACUUCAGCUGCCUCCACACCUUCCUCCAAGACAACGAUUACAGCGCCUGCGCCUGGGAACACGUCCGCCUGCAAGCUCGUGCCUGGUUCCUGCACAUCCACAACCUCACAGGCAACACGCGCACUUAGCCCCAAACGCACCUCCCACCCUUGUCCUAUUUAUCUAUUUAUUCAACUAUUUAUACAAACGCCUAUUUAUUCUUCU